UGAGCAGGCGAGCUGGGCCCAGAACACCAGGAAUGUCACCAGCAACCAACGGGCUAGACUCCUUCUCUCUCAGUGUCUCUCUUUUUUCCCUUCCUCAUCGUCAUCUUUUUUCACUCUCUUCCCUCCUUCCAUCUGCUCCACCCACAGACCCCAACCUGCGCUUGCCUCCCCGGUCCGGUCCAUUGAGAGAGUGACAUUGACUCAUCCCGUCGGACCCCGUCAACCUUCUUCAUCGCCUACCUCCAUCCUCCGGUCUGCACUCCGACUUUUUGUUCCUCUUUCGUCAUUGCCUAUUUUCCGUCGACCUCUGUCACGAUCAAAGGAGUGCUUGAGUUGAUGUUGACGGCCUUUAAUCACCUCCCUUCGCACGCACUGAUACAAACGUCACCUACCUAUUUGCAUUGAACACACCAAACCUCACCUUCGUCUCACCACAUUCACGGCGCAAACAAGAUGAGAAACGCGAUUCUUCUUGCCGCCGGCCUGACGGCUGUCCGUCACGCGUCUGCUGCGUACGACACAACGAUCUGCGGCAAGACGAACAAGUUUACGAGCUCAGAUACCCAAUUCAUCUUCCAGUCAAAUGCCUGGAACCCAGUUGGAAAUGGCUCUUCCUGUGUGUCGGUCGACCAGUCCGUCCCGGCCUUCGACGCCAACUGGAACUGGGAAGAGGACAAGAACAAUGUUCACUCGUUCCCCCAUGUCCGCUUCAACUCCACAAAGCUGCCAACCAAGCUGAGCGCCAUCAAGACGAUGCGCCUGGCGACGCAAUGGACCAUGCGCAAAGGCAACCCCGAGAACGACCCGCCGCGCGACUUCGCCGCCACCACCUGGGCGGAGAGCAAGGCUGAGCUCGAGGGCGUCGUUGCUAAUGCCGCCUGGGAUUUCUUUGUCGACAAGAACAAGACCAAGACGUAUAACCCAAUUGACUCGGAGGCGGAAAUUAUGAUUUGGCUGGGCAAGGUCGGAAACCCGUACCCGCUGAUGGGCGAUUCCAUUCUCACCAACAUCACUCUUGGCUCAACAGAGUUCUCUCUCUGGUUCGAUGCCAACCAACGUGAUCAAAAGGUCUUCACCUGGGUCACGCGCAACGGCUCCGACGUGACCCAGUUCGACGAGGACAUUACACCGCUGCUCAAGUUUGUUCUGGACUCUGGCGAGAUUGACAGCGACUCAUGGCUCGGUCUGGUCGAGUUUGGCUCCGAGGCAUGGCACUCUCCGGAGAACAUCACCUUCAGCGCAGCUCACUUUAGCAUGGAUCUCGACAACGGUAACAGCGGUUCCAGCAGCGGCAGUGGAAGCAAUGACAACGCGGCUAGAAGAGGCGCGCUUUCGGUGUUGGGCCUGGCUUCUGCGCUACUGCUCUCGCUUUCGGCAUUGGCCAUGUAAACCGCGUCCUUUUUGCUUUGCUACAACAAACAUGUGCGCUUAGAGAGACGAGAUGACGGCUUGGAGUACAGCAUUUGACUGAUUCGUUGAUGAUAUCCGAGUAUUCGAGUAGUACCGCGUUUGAGGCGGUUUGACCUCGAAAAACAUUGCACUUAAUCAAUACAUAAUGGCAUACAGAGAGCAGGAGGAUCCUUUAAUGUCCUUGACACACAAUUCACCAGUAUAUCUGUAAUUUCGCAAUGUGAUAACAUUCAAGAUUCCAG